AUGAUAUCUAGUAAUGAGGCCUUCCGUGCUAAGUUACUAGAGCAGAGUAAGGCAGAUGAGGAGGCUAAUACUAAGAAGAAGUUAAUACAAGCUAAGAAGAAAGAGAAGUAUCGUCUGAGACAGAGAGCUAUCAAUAAGGCUAAGUUAGAUAAUGAUCAUCAUCAGCAGGAGCAGCAUGGACAACAUGAAAAGGAUAAGGAAUCAUUCGAUAUAGAAGGUCUAGGUUAUAGGGAUAGAGUUAUGGAGAGACGGAAAGGUGUAUCUAAUGAGGUUAAUGCUGCUGAAGCUGAUUGGGAUAAGUAUAAUAAAUUAACUGUUGAGGAAUCUAUGUAUCUUGGUGGUGAUGAGGCUACUACUCAUUUAGUAAAAGGGUUGGAUAUACAAUUAGCUAAUAGGAUUAAGGAACAAAUAAGGAACAACAACAAUCAAACCGAGCCGAAGGCAGAGGAUAAUACUACUACUACUCAACAAUCUAUACCUAAUAGUAGUAGUAGUGGUAUAACUACAUGUAUGGGUAGGAGUAUAGCAAGAUCGUUAUUUGGCCCUGGACAACUACACCCUAAUAGACACGGUAUUCCUAUUAUCAUACAUAAACAGACUAUACAGAUUGGUCAUAUGCCAUUGAAUACUAAGAUAAAGGGUUCUUCUAGGAAAUUCUUAAAUGGUAAAUGUGUAUAUAAUAUGAAUAUUGAUCCUAAUGAUGUUGAAGAAGUAAUACCAAUGGAAGUUUAUCAACCAAUACAAGAUAAUGAGGAUGAGGAUGGGGAUACUAAGUUAUAUGUUGCUAGAUAUAAUGAAGAGAUAUCAACAGAGAUGAUUGCUGCUAUGUUACGUAAGAAGACGACGGGUUAUCAUCGUCGAGGUAUUGUUAACACAUUACCAGUAGAGAGUAACAAUCCUUUAUCAUCAUCAUGUGUUGGAGAGUCUGAGAUAAUGAUGAAUAAGGAACGUCGACCUAUGGAACCUGUGGAUAAUGAUGUUGAUAUAUUCACCAAUGAGGAGGUAAAUAAAGGUGAUGGUGAGGAUAAUAACAAGCCUACUACUACUCAUCAAUGGAUUACAUCUGAUAGUAUGAUGUCACGGAACUAUUUUAAGGAUGAUGAUAAUCGUAAUGAUGAUGAUGAUGGAAUUGAUGAAGUAGCAGCAGCUACGAGACUUACUCAAGCAGUACAGUCAGCCUUGGCUAAAAGGAUAGAGAAUAAGAAGGAUGAGGAUACUAAGCUGGGGAGUAGCAGAGGAGGAGGAGGAGAUUUCCUUGCUAGUGGUGAUUACGAUGAAUGUUAUGUUGGUUAUGGAGCAUUACAGGGCUUUGGUCAUGAUGUUGGAAUGAAUAAGGAGACCUUUAUGUCGAAUAAGAAGAGGAUGAGAGGGAAUAAUAAGAAAAAGAAGCAAGGAGAAGAAGGCAAUAAUAAGGGGUUGGAUAUUGAUGAUGAUGAUGUUGUUGUUAAGAAGAAAUCUAAGAUGGGUGAGAGCGCCCAACUAAAGGCGAUAAUGAAGAGGGUUGAUGAAAUGAACGAAGGAUAA